AGUCCCAGGGCACUGAACUAGCAAGACUUGUUCCUAUCUGAAAUGUAGAAGCAUAGUCAGGAGAGUGCGCAUUACUAAUUAACUCUCAAUAAAGACAGGCAUGGAGCUUGGACAAUCAGUCGGUGCUGUGAGGAGCACGAGGGUGCUGGUCGGCAAUGAGGUCCGUCCUGCAGUGGUCGUAAUAAAGGAUGGGAAAAUCCAUCAGAUACUAUCAGACAGGGACUUUUCUGCAGAUGUUGUCUACAAGGUGUUGGACGUGGGUGACAAUGUGGUGAUGCCAGGCAUUGUAGAUUGCCAUGUUCAUGUGAAUGAACCAGGCCGUACCACAUGGGAGGGUUUCUGGACCGCCACCAGGGCCGCUGCAGCUGGAGGGGUGACAACCAUUGUGGACAUGCCGCUAAAUAGCAUCCCUCCAACUACCACGCUGGGUAACUUUAGCGACAAGCUGCAGGAGGCGUCUGGGAAGUGUUUUGUGGACACAGCCUUCUGGGGAGGUGUGAUUCCUGGCAACCAGCUAGAACUUCGGCCCAUGAUCCAGGCCGGAGUGGCUGGCUUCAAGUGUUUCCUCAUCCACAGUGGGGUGGAUGAGUUCCCCCAUGUGACUGACUUUGAUCUGCACACCGCUAUGAAGCAGCUACAAGGCACAGGAAGCGUCCUGCUGUUUCAUGCAGAGAGGGAUGUUCUGCAGACAACAGAAGAGACUGGUGACCCCUGCCAGUACUCCACCUUUCUGCAGUCCAGGCCAGAUGUCAUGGAGAUAGAGGCAAUUCGCACCGUCACAGAACUCUGCAUGCAAUACCAGGUGCGCUGCCAUAUUGUUCACUUAUCCUCUGCAAAGCCACUGAAACUGAUUGAAGAAGCUCGGCAAGCUGGAGCCCCUUUAACAGUGGAGACCACCCAUCACUACCUCAGCCUGUGCGCAGAGAACAUACCUGCAGGGGCCACGCAGUUCAAGUGCUGUCCCCCCAUCAGAGGAUCUGUGAACCGGGAGCAGCUGUGGUCUGCAUUGAAAGCUGGGCAGAUUGACAUGGUGGUGUCUGAUCACUCUCCCUGCACCCCUGAUCUGAAGAAACUGGAUAGUGGAGACUUCACUCAGGCUUGGGGAGGAAUUUCUUCUUUGCAAUUUGGUUUACCUCUGUUCUGGAGUUCAGCCAGUAAGAGAGGCUUCCAGCUGCAUGAUGUGGUGAGGCUCCUCAGCCGAAAAACAUCCCAGCUGUGUAGUCUUGACAACCUAAAAGGCAUCCUCGCUCCGGGCUUUGAUGCUGACUUGGUCAUAUGGGACCCAGAGAGAGAAUUUGAGAUUAAAGAAGCAAACAUACAUCAUAAAAACAAGCUCACCCCUUACCUCGGUACCACGCUGCAAGGAGUGGUGUGUGCCACCAUCCUCAGGGGACGGCUGGUGUACAGAGAGGGCUCCCUCUGCCCCGAGCCUCUGGGGAAGCACCUCCUCAUCCCCCAGAGGAGAAACCAAGCCCAGCUGUAAAGAAUAAAAACAUGCUGAAAUAAAAACUCA